AUGGAGUAUGAUAAAUCCACCGUUGCCGGUGCUCCAGAAGCCAAGAGCUAUCCUCAUCAGAGCACCCAGCACGGCGGGCAGGGCGGCCACCUUCGCGUAAAAGGCCCAAAGGUUGACACCAGCGUGCUGGGAGAAUCCAUUACCUUUCCCUUUAGUGGACGCACGGCCAAGAACAGGUUCCUGAAAGCCCCUAUGACGGAGAGGUUAUGCACAUGGAACAAGGAAGGCGAGGACAUCAACGUCCGAGGAUUUCCGACAGAGGAGUAUCAACGCCUCUAUCAACGCUGGGGAGAGGGUGAGAUCGGCAUUAUAGUGGCCGGCAACAUCAUGCUACGUUAUGACAUGGUAGAGGCCUUUGGAAACCCAAUCUUGGCCGACGACCACGAUGGUAGAGUUGCCGCUUUCAAGAAAGUCUCCCAAACGGCCAAAGCUCAUGGCUCGCUCUUCAUCGCCCAAUUAUCCAUGCCAGGCCGUCAAGGACCAGCCYCCCUGAAUCCGCGUCCCGUAAGUGCGUCGGACGUACAAUUGAAGCUCGCAUGGGCAGGAAACUCGUUCGCUCAGCCUAGAGCACUCACCGUACCAGAAAUCAAAGACAUUGUGAAGCAAUGGGGAGAGGUUGCAUACCUGUGCCACGAGGCCGACAUGGACGGAGUACAAGUUCAUUGUGCUCACGGUUAUCUCCUCGCUCAGUUUCUGUCAGAAACUACGAACAAACGUACCGACGAAUACGGUGGCUCAUUUGAGAAUCGCUGCCGGAUCAUUUUUGAGAUCAUCGAGGAGAUUCACCGUCGUGUCCCGGAUCCCGAAUUCAUCAUAUGCGUCAAGCUCAACUCUGUUGAGUUUCAGCCGGGCGGACAGACUCCAGAGGACUGCCGCAACCUCUGUGUCAAACUGGAAGAAGCAAAGGUAGAUUUCAUCGAUCUCUCCGGAGGCACAUUCGAAGGCCGAGCAUUCGAACAUAAAAAAGAAUCCACCAAGGCGCGCGAAAGCUACUUCAUCGAGUUCGCCGAGAUGAUCCGCCCCUUACUCAAACAGACCAUCAUCUACGUAACAGGAGGCUUCCGCACAGCCAGCGGAAUGGUUCGAGCAGUUCAAGAUAAUGCCUGUCAAGGAAUCGGCAUCGGACGUCCACUAGGUGCGGAACCGUUUCUCUGUCGCGAGAUUUUGAAUGGCAAGGUAACGGGUGCGAUUGAAAAUUUCCUGCCGUUGCCGAAGAAUACUCAGGGGACUGGGAGUCAACUUCAUCAGAUUGGUAGAGGGGAAAGGCUCACGAGCGAUUGGAGUGAUAAGGACGAGGUUGAGAGGUGGAUCAGGGCAGACGAGAUUGAAGAGGAGAGGAAGCUGAAGCUUUUGCCUGUAGUUGAUAGCUCAGGCUAUCCGACUUUAAAGGCCACUGCUGGGUUCGACUACCUGGGUUGA